CACUGGCGUUGGGUACAUCGGUUUCGCGCAGCUUAUGUUUCAGCAGGCCUUGCUUUCGGUCGUCGAGGGCUCUGGUGCCUACCACGGGGGGCAUGGCCAGAAACAUGUGGUUGUCAUACUCUGUUCCAAGAAGCGAGCGAUGUCAUUUAAGUCUUUGGUCGCUGGUUUCUUGCGGGAAGUCUUGCACAGCACCUCGCAGUCUGAGUGGCCCAAUGUUGUGAUUUUCUCUCGCCACCCAUGGGAUGACGACACGGGCAAGGCGACAAAGAGAGGACAGGCGGCAACGUUCGCAGAGUUCCUUGUGGAGGAGGGCUUUCCCAUCGCAAUGCGCGAGCAUGUGACUUUCAUCAUUGGCAGCUCCAGCUCCAACGAGGACCUGGAGCGCGCAGGGGUCGGCUCCAGCGAGAUGACUUUCCUCCUCUCUGACGUGAACAGCACCAGUCCGAGCGAGGACGACGAGGACAGCAUCUACAUCGCCGUCACCCUCACCGAGUUCUACCCCAAGGUGCGCCUGCGACUGAUGCUGCUCAGGCCGCAGUCGAAGGAGCUCGCGGUGCAGUCGGGCAUCGAGAUCGUGAGGUGCUUCUCGCUCCGGGAGCUUAAGGCGGGGAUGCUGGCCCAGAACGUCCGGUGUCAUGGGAUCGUGCCCGUGAUCACAUCCAUGCUGAAGUCGCUGGACGAUGUCCGAGAUGUGUCGGGGCGCAAGGGCGCAGAGGGACGCAGUGUGACGAGCGCGGUGGCGGAGCAAGAGCAUUCCAACGCUUCCAGGGUCUCAUCGCCGCGCCCAUUGGCCGCGCAGGCUCGGGAUCCGCGCCGCCGCCGGGCAGACCCUGCCAACGAUCGGGCGACAACGCACUCGCAGGCGGAGGACGAGUCCGAGCUAGAGUGGCAGAAGGAGUACAGGAGUGGCCUCCAGCGUAGCAUCUACGGCUUCGAGCUUUGCAAGGAGUAUGCGGGCUGCUCCUUCGCAGAGCUCGUGAGUCGCAUCUUCAGGGACACGGGGGCCGUGGUCAUAGCCUGCUUCAUCGACAGCAAGCUGGUCGUCUGCAAGCAGGACAGCGACAUCGUCCAGCCGGGCACCAUCAUGUUUGCGGUCGCCUCGGGGUCGAAGGUGUUGGACCCGUGCCGCAAAUCGGGGCCAGCCCGCGACAAUUGGCGGGAGAGCCUGUUCAAAGCGAGGGAGGCAAACCUCAGCAGGUUGUACAAGGAGGGGCCCCACUUCGCCGCCGUGCAGCUCAUGGGGCACUACCUCAAGGACCCCAUCUUGAUGUCGGAGGCCGUGGCCAGCCUGGACGAGGACGACGCCAUCAAGCGGCAGUCGAGCCUCGCGAACCUGCAGCGCGUCGACACCAACGCCGAGCACGGCUCCAGCGAGGCAGCGGACAGCGACGAGUGGGAGGACUCCCCGCCCUCGCCGCUCACCCCGCACUCGCCGCGCUCGCCGGCGCGCGGCCGCCUGCGCGGCAGCUUUCGGAGCCCGCCGGAGCUCGGCGCGCCCGCGCGGCAGUCUGCGGCGCACCCGCGCCAGGGCGUCCAGGCCGUGGCGCCGCAGCGCGCCAG